AGGAAGGUCACACCAUCCCCCACCAUCAUCAGGGUGAAGAUCUGAUGAAGAUGAAAGUUGAGGGUGAAGUAGAAGAGACGUAUGUGAGGGAUGAUCAGCAAUAUACUGAGGGGGCUGGAAUGACGAGGACAUUCAAAGAGGAGGACACUCCUACAGAGAUCAGCACAGGACACACCAUCGAGAAACCGUCAAAGGAUUGUCUAACUUUAUCUCCAGGUUAUAAAAUGGAAGAGGAGGACAUCACAAGGGAUUGUGCAGGAGAAAAGACAAUGAGCUCAGCUGGUGGACUUCACAAUGUGGAUAGACCAUCAAAUUCCUCUGACUCUGAGCGACCUCAUACUGUGAGGGAUGGUGCCGGAAUUCAGGGGGAGGAGAAAUUUUCCUGUCCUGAAUGUGGGGGAAGUUUUAGCUCUGAAUUAAGUCUUACUGUACAUCAGAGAUCUCACCCAGGUGACAAGCGGCAUUCCUGUUCUGAGUGUGGGAAAUGUUUCCUUCAUAAAUCAGAACUUGUCAUACACUACAGAUCUCACAAGGGCAAGAAGCAAAAUUCCUGCUCUGAGUGUGGGAAAUGUUUUACAGAUAAAUCACAACUUGUUAGACAUCACAGAUCCCACACAGGGGAGAAGCCGUAUUCCUGCCAUGAGUGUGGGAAAUGUUUUUCACAGAAAUCAGACCUUUUUAGACAUCAGAGAUUGCACUCAGGGGAGAAGCCAAAUUCCUGCCCAGAAUGUGGGAAAUGUUUUAUAGAGAAAUCGCAACUUAUUACACAUCAGAGAUCUCACACAGGGGAAAAGCCAUUUUCCUGCCCUGAGUGCGGGAAGUGUUUUUUGCACAAAUCGGGCCUUGUUAUACAUCAGAGAUCUCACACAGCGGAGAAGCCGUAUUUCUGCCCGGAGUGUGGCAAAUGUUUUUCACAGACGUCAGACCUAGUUAAACAUCAGAGAAUGCACACGGGGGAAAAGCCGUAUUCCUGCUCUGAGUGUGGGAAAUGUUUUAUAGAUAAAUCACAGCUUGUUAGACAUCAGAGAUCUCACACGGGGGAGAAGCCGUAUUCCUGCCCUGAGUGCGGGAAAUGUUUUUCACAGAAAUCAAUUCUGGUUCGACAUCAGAAAUCUCACACAGGAGAGAAGCCGUAUUCAUGCCCUGAGUGCAGCAAAUGCUUUUCACAGAAAUCGGACCUUGUUACACACCAGAGAACUCACACAGGAGAGAAGCUGUAUUCUUGCCCUGAGUGUAUGAAAAGUUUUUCACGGUUUUCCUCUCUUUACUGCCAUCAGAAGAUUCACACAGUCGAGAAGCCAUAUUCCUGCCCUGAGUGUGGGAAAUGUUUUUCGUGGAAAUCAAAACUUGUUAGACAUCAGAGAUCUCAUACUGGAGAGAAACCAUAUUCUUGCCCUGAGUGUGGAAAAUGUUAUACAUGGAAAUCAGACCUUGUUUUACAUCAUAGAUCUCACAGUGGGGUCUGUUUGGAGCCCCCAAAAACUCCGGAUUCAGUGGGCAGGUCUGUUAUCGUCACUCAGUGGGGAAACCUUGGGAAUUAUAAUAUUGUUGUUAAAGAGUAUAAAGAGGAGGAUGAGGAGAAUGGUGUGAUGGAGGAACGUUCUGAAGGACACAAGGAUCUAUACAAGGACAUUAAGAUGGAGUCACCUAAUAAUAGAAGCCCACCAGAGAGAUGUCCCCGUCCUCUGUAUUCCAUACAGGAAGGUCACACCAUCCCUCACCAUCAUCAGGGUGAAGAUCUGAUGAUCAUGAAAGUUGAGGGUGAAGUAGAAGAGACGUAUGUGAGGGAUGAUCAGCAAUAUACGGAGGAGGCUGGAAUAACGAGGACAUACAAAGAGGAGGACACUCCUACAGAGAUCAGCACAGGACACGCCAUCAAGAAACCUUCAAAGGAUCAUCUCACUUUAUCUCCAGGUUGUAAAAUGGAAGAUGAGGACAUCACAAGAGAUUGUGCAGGAGAAAAGACAAUGAGCUCAGCUAUGGAUGAACUUCACAGUGUGGAUACACCAUCAAAUCCCUCUGACUCUGAGCAACCUCAUACUGCGAGAAAUGGUGUUGGAAUUCAGGGGGAGGAGGAAUUUUCCUGUCCUGAAUGUGGGGAAAGUUUCAGCUCUGAAUUAAGUCUUACUGUACAUCAGAGGGUUCACAUGGGUGAGAUGCCUUAUUCCUGUUCUGAGUGCGCAAAAUGUUUUCUUAAUGAAUCAGAACUUGUCAUACAUUGCAGAUCUCACACAGCAGAGAAGUCGUAUUCCUGCCCAAAAUGUGGAAAAUGUUUUACACGGAAAUCACAACUUAAUAGACAUCACAGAUCUCACACGGGGGAGAAGCCGUAUUGCUGCACUGAGUGUGGGAAAUGUUUUUUACAGAGUUCAGACCUUGUUAGACAUCAGAGAUCUCACACAGGGGAUAAGCCAUUUUCCUGCCCUGAGUGUGGGAAAUGUUUUUCACAAAUAUCAAUCCUUUAUAGACAUCAGGGAUCUCACCCAGGGGAUAAGCCAUACUCCUGCCCUGAGUGUAGUAGAUGUUUUUCACGGAAAUUAGAUCUUAUUAAACAUCAGAGAAUGCACACGGGAGAGAAGCCAAAUCCUUGUUCUGAGUGCGGGAAAUGUUUUACACAGAAAUCAAAACUUGUUAGACAUCAGAGGAUUCACACAGGAGAGAGGCCAUACUCCUGCCCUGAGUGCGGGAAAUGUUUUGCACAGAAAUCAGACCUUGUUAUUCAUCAGAGAUUGCACACUGGAGAGAAGCCGUAUUCCUGUCCUGAGUGCAGAAAAAGUUUUUCGUGGUUUUCCUCUCUUUACAAACAUCAGAAGGCUCACACGGGGGAGAAGCCAUUUUCCUGUCCAGAAUGCGGGAAAUGUUUUUCACAGAAAUCACACCUCGUUAUGCAUCAGGAAUUGCACACAAAAAAAGAGCUGUAUACCUGUUCUGAGUGCGGAAAAUGUUUUUCACGGAAAUCAGGCCUUAUUAUACAUCAGAGGACUCACAGAGGGAUUUAAAAAUGAAUGCAUGUACCUAGGUUCAGUUUAUGAGAGGUUUGCCAAACUGCUCCUAAGUUCUGAAUCUUUGAUAAGUGUGUGGUGUGGAUUAAAAAAAACAAAAAAAACAAAACGUAUUUACUAAAAUAAUUAAAAAAAAUAUUGAAACCUGAGAUACGUCUACUGUGGGUGUCCUCUAUGACAUCGCUGACAAAACAUGAUCAGUGAUGUCACGCUGAAUACCCCUUUGUAUGUUUUCUGUUGCUAGUCAUGAAGCCAUUAUUUAUGUUGAGUAUCCACUGGGAGCACG